AUGUGCCGCGAGGUACUAGGGGAAAGUGCUGCUAGCAAAAUAAAAGAAAUCCCACUCUCCAACGACACUUUCUCCAGACGGAUUAUAGACAUGAGCGAUGAUAUUGAAACGCAACUUUUGGAUCGAGUGCGAGCAAGCCCCUUGUUUGCCAUUCAAAUCGACGAAUCAACAGAUAUUUCAAAGAUGGCUUUAUUGCUUGCAUUUGUACGCUACAACUGCGAAGGUGCAACACAUGAGGAUCUACUGAUGUGUAAUGAGCUCUCGACACGGACGACAGCAGAUGAGUGUUUCAAUUGUCUUGAUGACUAUUUCACAAAGAAUGGCCUGGUUUGGAAAAAUUGCGUAGGUAUUUGCACGGAUGGCGCAGCCGCAAUGACAGGCAAACAUAGUGGUGUUGUGAGAAAUUUUUUGGACAGAGCACCCGAGGCGACGUGGGUUCACUGCUUUUUACACCGUGAAAGCCUUGCAGCCAAAGAAAUGUCAGUGCCCUUAAAUGAGGUAAUGGACAUUGCUGUCAAAACAAUUAAUUUAGUGAAGAACAGUGCUCUCAGUUCCCGCUUGUUUUCAAUUUUGUGCGACCAGCUGGAAUCAGACCACCGCCAGUUGUUAUAUCAUAGUGAAAUUAGGUGGCUCUCGCGAGGAAAAGCUCUUAAUCGUCUUUUCGAAAUGCGCAAGCAGGUGCACACAUUUCUGGAGGAGAAACGGUCUCCCCUGGCAAAGCAUUAUACGGAGCCUGAAUUUCUCAGGAAACUGGCAUACAUGUCCGAUAUAUUUGACCAGCUAAACCUAUCCUUUCAGGGGAGAAACAACAGUGUUUUCUUGAUGGCUGACAAAAUUGAAGCAUUCAAACGGAAGUUGGUAUUGUGGGAGAAGAGAGUGCAGGAGAACAUUUUUGACAUGUUUCCUAACCUCACUGAUGUUCUGCAGGAAUUCCCUCACAUCAGCACCGACAUACAGAGAAUUGUCCGGGAACACCUGACCAGAUUAACACAGAAAUUCUCUGAUUAUUUCCCCAACGACCGAAGAGUUGGGAAUGCGUGGAUUCGCGAUCCUUUUUCAGUAGAUCCAAGUGAUGUGGAUGUUGUACUCCCCAUUAAUUUGCAAACACAGUUAGUGGAACUUGCAUCUGACGGAAGCCUGCAGCUUGCUUUUCGCAAAACAGACCUGAGCUCAUUCUGGAUUCAGACCAGACACGAAAUCCUGAACUCGCAGAACGUGCAACGAAGUUUCUCUUGCCAUUUAGCACUACCUAUCUUUGCGAAUCAGGAAUUUCAACAGUGA